AUGAAGUAUGAAUCGAAGGAAGAUAUUCAUGACUUCAAAGUAGCACUUAGCGAUCAUUUUAUUGUCGGCGCUUCGAAUCUUCGAAAAACUUAUAUCUUCUACACAAUAUCCAAAACAACUCAUAACUCUUCAUGCAUCGUUCAUAAUCCACACGUUGAUCUGAAUAUCUAUGGCCUGCGGAUCUUAAAAAUGAAGAAAAAGAAUGUCGUCUCUUUUGUUCAACUGGCCGAAAAUAAAAAGACGAAAUCUGCUGUUCUCUCUCGUAUCUCCAUGAAUUUGACAGCAUGCGACAGCGCCCGACAAUCGCAGCCUGUCUUUCAUCAUACGACGGUUUGGCACGAUGAUCAUCAAGAGCAUAUGUUUCUCAAAGUUGAUCCACAAGAAAAAUACGCGUAUAUAUUUGCCGAUUCGUUUAUACUCUCAUACGAUUUGUUUACCGAUCGAAUCAAUCAAAUCAACAGAACUAAUUGGAUUAUUUUCGGCAACGACUACGGAUCGUUUACUCCCUAUGCAUUCGAUCUGAAGAACGAUUGGGCUGCAGUAGCCGGAUUUCAUACAACUCAAAAUAAUUCUCGAAGUAAACAGUGUCUCUAUCUAUUCGAAUUACAGCCAUUACGUGUCAUUAAUGUCAGUUCUAUCGGUACGAAUGACAUUCAAGGGCCGGAAAGGAUUAGAGACAAUCAAGAUUAUGAUAUGUCACUUUCGAUUAAUCCAUCGGGAACGACAUUAGCUAUUGGCGAAGUGCAAUCAAAUAAAGUAACAGUCGCGUAUAUGGAUGGAAAUAAAACGUCACGAUUUGUUGCGAAGUUUCAUGAAAUUACGGAACCGGAAACGUGGAGUGGUUUUGGCCGGUCAGCGAUUUGGCUGAAUGACGAUGAAACGCUUGCGAUACUUGUGCUCAAAGCAACGAGUCAUAACACAUCACAGUCGGAGAUACAAGUCUACAGGAACGUCGUUCGUAGUCGAGCUCGUGGUGCAAUUAUACCGAGUUUUAUCAUUCCGAAUAUCCAACAGACAUUGGAUGGAAUACAUCGAUCAAAAUCUUGGCGUAAACAUUCUUUCCGCCGUAUUCGAACUCGUUCGAAAAAUUUAUUGAUUUUACUAAGAAAUGGUGACAUAGUCUAUAUUCCAUCCGCUGAAGUUGGCUUUUGUUCGCGGAAACUCGAAGCAGUCGAUUCUCAAAGUCUGUAUGUUCUGCAACCAAUGCCAUGCGUAAGUGGAUCUUACAAAAAUACAUCAGGUCCUGGUCCGUGUACGGUUUGUCCACCGGGCACGAAAAAUUCCGGCGACCGUCCGUCGAUCCAAUGUCAGCCAUGUAAUUCGACGGCAUUUUGCCCAUUGGGUGCCAGCGACGAGGUGAAUUUAACUGAGUUUAGUUCUUAUAUUCAAACAUACAGUUAUCCGGAUACGCCUACUAUCGAUGAUUACGAUGAUCUCUUAUUACUGAACUUUUUUCCUACUAAUAUGAAAAUCAGCUGUUUGGUUUUUACGCCGUUGUUCUGGACUGUAGUAGCAACAGUAUUGUGUUUGAUCGUGUGGUCUGUUAUGUUUUUUAUUAAACGACGACGUCUAACCUCGAUUGAUACUUAUCGUCAACGAGCGAAGGCCGUUUUGAAACACAAUGAUCUGAUCGGAGAAGGAGAACGAUGGAUCGGUGGUCUUGCAUCGGUCGUUAUUUUUACCAUCAUCAUCUACUGUUCUAUAUUUGCUUUCUUCUACUUCAUUUCGUAUCCCAUCGAAACAACAGACGCAGUAAACAAGAAAUGUGAUAGCAGUCAACGCAAUUCGAAAUUCGAUAACGCACUUCAACUACCCUUGCCCGGAACAGAUGGGACCUAUUGGAAAAUAUUCGAUAUGCUCAACAAACAACCGUUUGCUAUGACGAUACAUCUAAUAAAUACACGAGUUCAAUGCAAAGAUAUUAGUGUCGAACGUAACCGACACACAGGCACUCCCUUAUCGAUAGUCGAAACGAAUUGUACGUUGUCACCGAACAAUGUGAGCGGGUCGUUUAGUUUUGACCUACCUACUCACAAGGCGAACGUUCGAGUUGGUAUAAGUGGACCUUACUUCAUCGGCGCAGUUCGUCUUUGUCUGUAUGGAAAAUCGGGUGCCGAAACGGAAGAGUCAGUUUUGCAUCAAUUACACGAACUUGAUGUAUGUACUCUUUUCUAUGCAGAUAAUCAAACUAUCGGAUUGUCGACUAGUUUUAUCGUACGCUUGAUCAAGGUCAUCAACGUAACAAAGCCGUUGAGACGCGAUGAUAAGACAUACUACGAUGGUAUAUGGACUCCAUUUAUAACAUAUGCUGACAUUCUCUCAGAUGAAUCAUAUUUUGCAGAAAAAGGAGAAUAUUUACGAUAUGAUUCGAAAGAAACAACGAUUCAUAUUCAAUUUACUGAAGAAAUCUAUUUUGUUCAAAAUAAUCAAUCACCGAUUAUUCGUCGAGGAGCAUUAUUCUUUCGCACAGUUCUCUUCAGCUUUUCGUUGAUAGAAAUCUUCGCAAUGACUUUCCUUCUUUAUAAACUCUGGUUCCAUCCUGUUCGUCGACGUCUUCUCACAUCUCAUCAUGAUCUAGAUAAUAAUCCUCUUCAGACAAGUCAAGCACAGAUAUCGCUCAAUUUGGAGUCACCAUCACCCAAUCUGCGAACACCACUCACACUUAAAAAAGCCAAUACUCGAUUUCGUGAAAAAUGGCGUCGAAAUCAAAAGACGAAAGCAUACAAGAACGCUCAAAAACGUCAACAAAUCAAUGAUGGUGUGAACAUCCCAAUGGAGUCACAGAUCGAUACAUAUUCGGAUAAACAUUUCACUUCGGCACCUUCGGUGACUACCACGAUUGAUGUUUCAUCCAACAACUCACUUUCUAAACAUUCACAUCAAUAG